AUGUCCUCGUCCGACGGAACAGCAGCCGAUGCUUCAUGGGAACGGUCCGAUGGCCGAUCGCGGCCUCCGCCAACUGUCAACACCAUCCGCCGCAUCCGCCAGGCCUGCACGAAUUGUCGGAAUGGCGAGAAUCAGAAUGGAUCCGUUGCUUUCCCAGACCUCGCGGCUGCCACUGGCUACCAGGAAGUUUCGCCAAAGUUCACCGAGCCAUCGCCUCCUCAGCAUCAAUAUCCGCCUUCCGCCCCCGAAACCACAAACACCGUUCCCGAUUUAGCAAGUACAAUGAGAUUUACCACCGCGCCGCCUCCCGCUGUCAUGGAUCACCUCAUCGAUGCAUAUUUCCUCCACGUCCACAACCAGCCAUAUUCAUACUUUCACGAGCAGAGCUUCCGGGAUAGAGUCAAUUACGGCCUUAUACCAAAGUGCCUGCUCUUUGCAAUUUUGGCCUCUGCCCUUAAAUUCUCGGAUAUCGAAUACUUUCAGGGUUCCAUACGUGAAGCCACCGAGGCUUAUGCCAGAGAAGCUUGGCUAGCCAUCCUCCAUGAGCAUCUGACCGUCGAGAAUAACCCGACGUUGGCAGUUGCCCAAGCUAGCAACAUCCUCGGGGUGGUCGAUUUUACAUGCGGUCGUACAAGUUCGGGGUGGUUAAAGAUUGGCCUUGCUGUCCGCAUUGCGCAAGACUUGCAGCUCAUGAGAGAACCGAAAAACACACUGUCACCAAUUGAGCAGGAAGAACACCGGAGGGCUUUUUGGUCAAUAUACCUUCUUGAUAAACUGGUCUCCGUCGGUCAAAGCCGCCCGCCCGCCAUUGCCGAGGAGGAUAUCCAUGUCCAAUUGCCCAGCGACGAGGAGACACUCAGAAGGGGCCUCUGGAAGAAGACACCCACACUCCAUCAGCUUAUCAACUGGAAAUCCGAGACGGAAUCAUCGGUCAACGGCACCUUUACGCAGACGAUACUUGCUGCGACGGCCCUGGGCCGAUGCUGUCGAUAUGUCUUGCAUGGGCGUGAGAUGGACGAAAUGCCACCAUGGGAUCCCAGGUCCGACUUCACACUUUUAAACACCUUUUUACUUUUAAUCGACCAUCACCUUCAAGUGGAGACUCCUCCUAUUCCUCAAAUUGUAGAGCAGUAUCGGAGGCCGGAUGGCACCCUGGAUUUCCAGUCACUUGAGCACGUUGUGUUUGCGCGCAUCGUAUUUCACACCGCUCACUGUCUCCUUAAUCACCCAUUUCUUCUCCGGAUGAGACUCCAGAAGUCAAACUGCAAGGUGCCGCCGAAAUUUUUAACCCGUUCAUUUCAGAUCAGCUGCAACCAUGCUCGAUCAAUAUCCAGCUUAGUGGAGGACGCCAUUGCAUCUGGCUGCCACGUGCAAUCCUCUUUUUACGCAUAUGCUUCCAUCCUUGCCGGUGGCAUUCUCUCUUUAGCCAUUCAUAUCGACCAAGAAAAGGGGCAGGUGACGGACCCAGAAACACUUAACCACUACCAAAAGGCUAUUCACAUACUAGAAAGAACAGGGAGGAGAUGGGAUCAUGCUUCGAAAAUGCAUCUUCAAUUAAUGCUAUUCGAUGCCAACUACCAUUCUCUCGCCGCCCUUGUGGACUCCCAAACCCCGGAAGUCGAUCCGAAAUUGGAAUCUGCGCUGUGGCUCAUGGUCGACUAUGUAGCCAUGUCGGCACUGAACGAGACAGCACUAACACCACCUCCUUUAUCCACUGAUACGUUUCUAAGCCCACUUAAUGCUCAAAUGAGCCUCGACAGUAAUGAUGGGUUUUCGGGCUUAGGCCCCGAUGCGAAUUCCGAUCCAAACGUUGCUUUUCUUGGUAACGGCGUACCCUUAUAA